AUGGAGCGGGGCCCCAAUCCUCAUUCUUUUCCUCCCACUAGAAACAACCUUCGCUUACUCAUUACAGCAAACCUUCACCUAGCACUAUCACAUCUUCGAGAUAGUCUUAUUGACCAUGCUAUUUGCAUCAACCAAGAAGACAACGGCGAAAAGGGACAGCAGGUUCGGUCUAUGGCGAAGAUCUAUGCUAAGGCUAGUCGCGUAAUUGUUUAG